AUGUUCACGAGCUUCACCGGCAACACGCGAAAGGCGCGCCAAGUCAACCUCGGCGGCAAGAAGACGAAUCCAUUCGGCCCUCCCGGCUCCGGCGCCGGAUCACAAGCCGCCCUCGACCGCGCACAGCAGGAGCGAGCCCAACGGCAGCGGGAACGAGACACGCUCAAUGCGGCCAAGCGGAUACAGAAAGUAUGGCGGGGUCACUCGGCCAGGAGAGAUGUGGCUGACGAGCUACGGGGCGCAUGGGACCGCGUAGAAGAGGCGAAUGGCUCUUCGAGUACGGCGACAUAUGACUCGGAGGAGGAGGCUCUUGCCCAACUACAACGGCUACUCCGAUUCGCAUCGUCACGAAGCGAUGAUGAUCUGCGACGGAUACAGCACUAUGCAUCGCGGCAGAUGGAGACAGUCAAGAAGUUGGGCAUCACAUCAAGCGGGCCGUGGCCGUGGGCAUACCUAAGGCUGGAGCGCAUCCUACUCGUGGCCAUAGAGCGGCAGCUUCAGAAGCACGCGCCCAUGCAAUGGAAUCAGGUUGGGGCCUCUCUCACCGUCUUACAGUUCCUCGCAGACCAGAUACCCGCCGAAACGUCCCAGAAUGCCGAGCAUUACUACCGCACCCUUGCACGCGUCGUGUCCACCUUCACCCCAACACUUGAAACGCAGAGCGAAGGAUCGGAGAUAAGUGAGACCAUAGUCAGGGCAGCCCUGUCGCCGAUGACGCGAGUGACUGGCUACACACUGGAUGCUUAUGAGGCUUUCGGUAUACACUUCUUGACUCUCCCACUAUUAGGCUCGGACUCAACAUCACCUCCAUUACAAAAGUUCCGCGACUCGCUCGCCGACGCCAUCAACUACAAGCUGCUCGCAAAUGCACUGGCGACACUUUCCAAGAGAGCAGGGCUGCAAAGCAAAUCCGAGCUGAAGAACACAUCAAGUAGACUGCGUUUACUAGGAAACUUUAUCUAUUUCCACCGCUACGCCCACAACUUCGACACUCCCGAAGCCUACGCGGUUCACAAGGACUUUGUAGCCGUCGUAUCGGUUCUGUUGAACUCCCUGCCAAUCAACAUUGUAGAUGACGAUCAUCCAAUUGCCGAGCUUUCCGAAGACGACGGUGCCAAUCAAGACGCCAGCGCCGUAUCGAAUUUCUUGAAAGAGCAAGUCCGCUCCCUGGUACAUCAGGAAGGUGUUGGAAGUCUUUUGGCCGGAUCAUCACAGUCAGCGGAAGCUUCAGAUGACGAGAAGGUCGAAGAAGCCCGGCAGCUUGCAAACUACGCGCUUGCAUUACUUCGCUUCUUCCCUCGUCGCGGUGAUGAGAUACGAAUGUGGCUCUACAUCGGCCCAUCAGAGGCGUCUGGAAAGAGCGCAAGGAAGCUUCCGGCGAUCAAAUACUUCUGGGAAGCAUCAAAACGAUCAUCGGUCUUUACCACCAUCUUCAGGGACUCGAGGGCAGCUAUCGGACUCUUGAAGCCGAAAUCUUCAAAUCUGAACAACUCUGACCGCCCAGGGACGUCCGGGCUAACGCAGCAUGGCUUUUGGCAGCCAGCACAACAGCAAGUUGAUCGCGACGCAGUCACCACCGACGAAUGGCGAGUUAUCCUGGUCUUCCUUGAACUAUAUACCUUUGUACUCAAAGUCACCGACGACGAGGAGUUCUUCACUUCGGGGCAGAAAGACAUCUACUCGGGCCAGAUCCGCGACAGUGGUUUACCUCUAAGCGAGGUGAAGGAUUUGACGACUUUCCUGAAGAAUUUGGGCUUCACACUUUACUUCAACGCAGUGGACAUUACAACCUCGGAAGAGGACAUGGGAGGCAACAACAGAAGUCUUAGCUACUUCAAUCCCGGAGUCAUGGACAAUCAUUCCCAGAAAGAGCAUGCUGAGCCAUCAAUAGGAGGUGUCGCAGGCUUGAGGAUAGAUUACGUGAAAGGUCUGGUCACUGGACUUCUUCGUAUGGUAUACGAGCGCGACUCGCGACGCAAGUUCCUGCCUUCGGACCACUGGCUCAUGGUCUCGCGCUUCGACAUGACAGGAUUCAUUCCGGCUGUAGUUGAGGAGGAAGAGUCGCGGCACAAGAUCCAGGAGGAAGAUGCGGAGGAUCUAGAUGACCUUGAAGAAGAGGAAUUCGACGAUACACCGCAACUCAUCGGCACGAGUCGCACCCAGACACAACGGCGCUUGGAGAAGCUACAACGGCAGCAGCGCAAGGCUUCGCGGAGACGGUACCUGCAAGCCGUAGCACCUCGUCUCGAGAUCUUGCAGAACAUGCCGUUCUUCAUACCCUUCACCACCCGCGUUCAGAUCUUCCGCGAGUUUGUUAAACUAGAUAUGAUCAAGCGACGAGGAUCUGCGGAUCCUGAGUUCUGGCGGUUUCGGACCAUGCAGCAACCAAACGCUCGCAGCCAACUCGAGAAACAUACGGCGCGGAUCAGGAGAGAGAACGAGUUCGAUGAUGCUUUCGAGCAAUUCUAUGAACUGGGCCAGGGCUUGAAGGAACCAAUCCAGAUUACCUUCAUGGAUCAGUUCGGCGCUCCUGAGGCCGGCAUCGACGGAGGUGGUGUCACGAAAGAGUUCCUCACCAGCGUCACCAACCGCGCGUUCAUGCCGACUGAGUACAUCGACAUGUUUGUUGAGAACGACCAGCAUCUCCUGUACCCCAACCCCGCAGCAGUUGAAGAGCACAAAGAGGCCCUCCGACAAGCUGGCAUACGCGAAGGUUCUCAAGAGUACCGUGCUCAGAUCACUGAGCUGCUUCAACGCUACGAAUUCUUGGGACGCAUCAUCGGCAAAUGUUUGUACGAAGGUAUUCUGGUCGAUGUAAACUUUGCACCGUUCUUCCUGCGCAAGUGGGCACUAACUGGUGGCACCGGCUCCGCACCCAACGAAUCCGGCUACCGCCCCACCCUCAACGACCUCCGCGAUCUAGAUGAAGAGCUGUACCAAGGCCUGCACAAGCUCAAGACCUACCCCGGCGACGUCGAAGACUUCUCCCUCAACUUCACCGUCACCGACACAGUGGUCGUAGACCACACCACCUCACCCAAGAAGACCAAAGCCAUAACUAAGGACCUCAAGCCCGACGGCUCCAACACCCCCGUCACCAACCAAAACCGCCUCGUCUACAUCAGCUACAUGGCGCGCCACCGACUGCAGAACCAACCCUACGCCCAAACCACCGCCUUCCUCCGCGGCCUCAGCACCAUGAUCCAACCCUCCUGGCUCUCCAUGUUCAACCAAUCCGAACUCCAGACCCUCAUCUCCGGUACCCGCACAUCCAUCGACAUCGAAGACCUGCGCCGCAACACCAUCUACGGCGGCACGUACGUCAUCGGCGACGACGGCCUCGAGCACCCCACCAUCCAACUCCUCUGGAAGGUCAUGAAGGAGAUGACCGACGAUGAGAGGCGUGCGGUGCUGAAGUUUGUGACGAGCACGCCGCGCGCCCCGCUUCUGGGCUUCGGUACGCUGAAUCCGAGGUUUAGUAUUAGGGAUGCGGGGAGGGAUCAGGAUAGGCUGCCUAGUACGAGUACGUGUGUUAACUUGCUUAAGUUGCCGAUGUAUGAGGAUGAGACUACGCUGAAGGAGAAGUUGCUGUAUAGCGUUUUCUCCGGGGCUGGAUUUGAUCUGAGUUAG